AUGGAUACGAUAUUUAACAGUACGGAGAAGAAUGCUAGAGGAAUUCCAGCUGCUCCAUUUGUCGCGGAAGUGGAGGAGUUUGUUAAGGACCCCAAUGAUUUUGAUCUAGUGUUUAGUAAAUUCCAAGACAGAUUGUCAAUGUAUAAGUAUAUGCAAGAAUCGAAAGGUUCGACGGUGAAACAAUUACGUGUACGUAUUCCAGACAUUGAGCACACUUUACAAGUGUGUGAGACAUUACAACGUCACCACGACUUAUCAGCCGAUGAAGAUGAUAAUGAAAUGGAAGUUCAUUAUCAAUUGAACGAUACUCUAUAUACAAAGGCUACUGUAGAUACAAAGGAUGCCAAAGUGGGCCUAUGGCUAGGUGCAGACGUGAUGCUAGAGUAUCCCGUUGACGAGGCAAUUGUAUUGUUACAAGAACGUCAUAAAGCCGCACAAAAGGGUCUGGAGACAGCUCUGGAAGAUGUAGAAUUUCUAAGAGAGAAUAUUACUACAAUGGAAGUCAAUUGUGCAAGAUUAUAUAACUGGGAUGUAGAACGUAGGAAGGCGUUGCGCGAGGCAGAAGAAGGUACUAAGAACCUUGCGAUAUAG